AUGUUCCUAAGGAACAGGUUUAAUGUUCAGAUUCCGGGUUUAGGGAAGGAACACUUUGUUCCUAAGGAAAGUGGUUCAAUGGAAGGUGUUCCCAUGGAACAGGUUUCGUAUUCCGAUUCCGGGAAGGUGUUCCUAAGGAAGGUGUUCCUAAGGAAGGUGUUCCUAAGGAAGGUGUUCCUAAGGAACAGAUUCCAAGUUCAGUUUCCGGGUUUGCGGUUCCACGUUUAG